AUGACAAACAUUUUCCUUUCCGCCCUCUCUCUCUCUCUCUCUCUCUCUCUCUCUCUCUCUCUCUCUCUCUCUCUCUCUCCCUCCCCUGAUAAGCGAAGUGUGAAUUCUUCGUUUUCCAUGAAAACCGACUUUUGUUUAUUUGCCAUUUAUUCUUUGUAUUUGCCUUUGUUAGCUUCCUAUCUUUUUCGUUUCUUUAUCUUUUUUCUUUUUCAUUGUCUUUCUUUCUUUUAUUUUUCUUUCCUUUUUGAAUUUUUUCAUUUUUUUCCCCCACUAUCCACUUUCUGCUGUUUUGUUAUUUUAUCUUUCUUACUUGUUUUCUUUCCCUCAUUUUUACUAAUUCUUUCCUUUUUUCUUUUCUCUUUUUACUUUCUUUCUCUUAUUUUUUCUCUUUCUUACUUGUUUUUUCCCUCAUUUUUCUUCUUCUUUCCUUGUUCCUUUUUUUUCUUUUUCUUUUCUUUCAUAUUUUUUUUCUCUUUCUUACUUUUUUUCCCUUCAUUUUUACUUCUUCUUUCUUGUUUCUUUUCUCUUUUUGCUCUUUCUCUUAUUUUUUUCUCUUUUCUUACUUGUUUCUUUCCUUCAUUUUUUUUAAUCUUCUUUCCUUUCUUUCUUUUUCUCUUUUCUUCUUUCUCUUAUUUUUUCUCUUUCUUUUUUUUCUUUCCUUCAUUUUUUCUUCUUUUCUUUUCUUUUUCUUUUUCUCUUUUUCUUCUUUCUUUUUUUUUCCCUUUCUUUUUUUGUUUCUUUCAUUCAUUUUUUACUUCUUCUUUUCCUGGUUUUUUUUUCUUUUUCCUCUUUCUUUAUUUUUCCCUUUUUUUUUUUUUUUUCCUUCUUUUUUUUCUUUCCUUUCCUUGUUUCUUUUUUUUUUUUCUUUCUUUUCUUUUUCCUCUUUCUUAUUUUUUUCUUUCCUUCUUUUUUCUUCUUUGGUUGUUUCUUUUUCUUUUUCUUUCUCUUUUUUCUCUUUUUCUUUUUUUCUUUCCUUCAUUUUUUCUUUUUUUCCUUUUUCUUUUUCUUUUUUCUUUUUCUUUUUUUUUUUCUUUCUUCUUUUUUCCUUUUUUUCUUUUCUUUUUUUUCUUUUUCUUUUUCUUUCUUCUUUUUUUUUUCUUUUUUUUUCUUUCCUUCAUUUUUUCUUCUUUCCUUUCUUUCCUUUUCUUCUUCUUUCCUUUUCUUUUUCUUUCCUUAUUUUUUUUUUCUUUUCUUUUCUUUUUCUUUUUUUCUUUUUUUUUUUUUUUUUUUCCCUUCUUUUUUUUUCUUCUUUCCUUUUUUUUUUUUCUUUUUUCUUUUCUUUCCUUUUUUUUUCUCUUUUUUCUUUUCUUUUUUCUCUUUCUUUCUUUCCUUCUUUCCUUUUUUUAUUUCUUUUUCCUUUUUUCUUUUUCUUUCUUUUCUUUUAUUUUUCUCUUUUUACCUGUUUCUUUCCUUCAUUUUCUUUUUCUUUCCUUGUUUCUUUUCUUUCUUUUUUCUUUUCUCUUAUUUUUUUUCUCUAUUUCUUUCUUUUCCUUCAUUUUUUCUUCUUCUUUCCUUGUUUCUUUUUUCUCUUUUCCUCUUUCUCUUAUUUUUCUUUUUUUUUAA